CCAUCGCCAUGGCCGCUUGAGUUGCCUUCGUAUUCCCCAACAAAGUAACGGACGUUUGCUUCCUCGAUGAAAAUAUUUUUUUUGCGCACACCUUCCGGAAAUUAAGCUUCCCAUCAAUGCAUUACGCUCCUUCCGAAAAUCUGUCUUUUUGCACCACUUCACCUUCUUCUCCUGUUUGCCUGUUUGUUCUCCCUGAAUUUUAUUCGUUUCUUGUGAAGAUAACAAAAUCCUGCGGAAGAUGGAGAGAUCCGUCGUCACUGGGAAGUUGUGCAACAGCCAACUCUGGUCUGUGGUCCUUAUCUCCUUUGUUUUAUGCUUUGUCUUGCUCUGUUUCGAUUACUCUGCUUUAAAUGGUGAAGAUACUGGGGUCACUGUUCUGGAAAACAACAACUUUGCAAAUUCCGUCAGCACCCAAGAUUCUAAAUCUCAUGAUUUCAGUAGCCUUUUCAAUGAUAGCAUUUUUCUAUUGCCCAAUAACUCAAUUUCGAUUGUUGGUUUUGUGGGAAACAAAACUGAUAAACCCAUGAUUAAAUCUAGCACUAAGGAAGGAGAGGAAGUGAAAUCUGAUGUGGAUUCUUGUUUGGGUCGAUAUAUAUUUGUGCAUGAUGUUCCUAGUCAGUUCAAUGAAGAUUUGCUUAGAAAUUGUGAGUUGCUUACUCCGGGGUCUGAUAAAAAUAUGUGUCCCUACUUGGUGAAUCUGGGUUUUGGUCCCCAAAUUGAAAACCCUCAGGAUGUUUUGUUGAACAACAGUUGGUUUCUGACGAAUCAGUUCUUAUUAGAAGUCAUCUUCCACAACAGGAUAAAGAAUUAUAAAUGUUUGACGAAUGAUUCAUCUCUUGCAUCUGCCAUUUUUGUGCCUUUUUAUGCUGGACUUGAUUUGGGUAGGUACCUUUGGGGUUUUAACAUUUCGGUGAGGGAUUCUUCUGCAUUUGGUUUUGUCAAGUGGCUAACAGAAAAGCCUGAAUGGAAAAGGAUGGGGGGGAGGGAUCAUUUCUUAGUUGCAGGAAGGAUUUCAUGGGAUUUUAGGAGACAAACAGAUAAUGAAUCGGAUUGGGGUAGCAAGCUUAGGUUCUUGCCUGAAUCCAGGAACAUGUCAAUGUUGUCAGUAGAAGCAAGUGCUUGGAACAAUGAUUUUGCAAUACCAUACCCGACAUGCUUCCAUCCUUCCAAGGACAGUGAGGUUUUUCAGUGGCAGGACAGAAUGAGAUGGCAAACGAGGCCUUAUCUGUUCUCUUUUGCUGGUGCCCCAAGGCCUGAAUAUCAGAAUUCUAUCCGGGGAAACCUUAUAGAUCAAUGCCUUGCUUCAAAGAACCGUUGCAGAUUGCUAGACUGCAACUAUGGUGCAACAAAUUGUAACAAUCCAGUCAAUGUGAUGAAGGUCUUCCGAAGAUCAGUCUUUUGCUUGCAGCCCGCAGGUGACUCAUACACCAGGCGUUCAGUUUUCGACUCAAUUCUGGCAGGGUGCAUACCGGUGUUUUUCCAUCCAGGUACUGCCUAUGCGCAGUAUAAGUGGCAUUUACCAAAGAAUUAUACUAAAUACUCUGUUUACAUACCAGUAAAGGAUGUUAGUGAUUUGACAAUGAACAUCAAUGAGACAUUGCUUCAAAUUCCUGAGAGCAGAGUAUUGGCCUUGAGAGAGGAGGUUAUAAAGCUGAUUCCCAGUAUAGUAUACGCCAAUCCCAGGUCUACAUUAGGGACUCUUGAGGAUGCAUUUGAUUUAGCAGUGAAGGGAAUUCUUGAGAGAAUAGAAAAAGUUAGGAGCAUGAUUAGAGUGGGGAAGGAUCCUAGUAUUGGAUUUGCCGAUGGGGAUGAUUACAAGUACACAUUUUCUCCUUAUGGGAGUGGCAUAUGAAUCUAUUACAGUUGAGGCUAUAUGUUUAUUUCUUCUUGUCUAUUCUUUUGUACUUAUUCCCUCUCUUGCUAAAAUUUGAGGGGCAUCAUAAUAAAAAAUUUACUUUCAA